AGAUAGCCCCACUGCACUCCAGCCUGGGCGACAGAGAGAGAGUCCAUCUCAAACCAAAACCAAAAACCCAAAAAAACAAAAAACAAAAACAACAAAAAAGACUUCUAACCCUGACCAGACCAGAUUAUUUUGAAUGACAUCUCUUUCUCUCUGUUCCAUGAGCAGUUCUGUGUGUAGGGAGAUCAGUCCCUGUGCGUAGUGAUUGAAUCUGGUUUCUCUCUUCUUGGCUCAGAGUUUUUGAGAGGGCUUUCACUUAGGCCACAGAGAAAGAACCAAAUAAUAGGGCAUCCCAGAGGGGAAGGGAAAACCAAAACAUUUGAAUGCCCUAAUGAGCAAGUCACAUUUCUCUGGGUCUGUUUCCUUAUCCAUAAGUUGAAAAGUUUGGUCUAUGUGAUCUCUGGGGUACUGCUCAGCUCUUGACACUCUGUGGUUCUGGGUAGUGAGUCAAAAGCAGCUUUCCUCUUCCUGAAUUCUCCAUCCUUGGACCAGACCUCUGUCUUCAUUUCUCAUCUGUUUAUACCUUGCUGCCCAGUUUCUUGCUCCUGGGCAUCCUUUCUUCCUCAAUUUCUUCAAAUCCUACUUGCUUCUUAGCUCCUUCAUAUCCUCUUUGUUUUCUAUAUUUCUGCAGAACCCCAGAUUACACCCUUACACACCUGUUCUCCAGUUCUCCAUCUCCAUGUCUGCCUAUUCCUUUCUGCAUCAUGGGCUCCUAACUCAAGCAAUCUCCUUGGGUUCCUCUGAGGGGCCCCUGGGAUCCCCUAUCAUUGGUUCCUCUCACAGAAGCCUACCCUUCUCCAGAGCCAAAGGAUCAGAUAUUCAGUGGCUCAGGUAACAAACCUGCUGUCAGGUUACAGAUAUUGUUUCCUGAAAGACCACACUACAGUGUCAGUGGAGCCUCAGGCUGCCUGCAGUGCCCUGCCCUCACCUGGCUAUCCCACACAGUUGAGAUUAACCAGAACUCCCCUCCGGUACCAGUGUUCACCUGGAAACAUGGCUCUGAGCCUCUGGCCCCUGCUGCUACUGCUGCUGCUGCUGUCCUUUGCAGUGACUCUUGCACCUACUGGGCCUCAGUCCCUGGGCCCUGGUCUCUCCUUCCUGAAGUCAUUGCUCUCCACUCUGCACCAGGCUUCCCAGGGCUCCCUGAGCCGCUCACAGUUCUCUACAUUCCUGGCCAACAUUUCUUCUUCCUUUGAGCCUGGGAGAAUGGGGGAAGGACCAGUAGGAGAGCCCCCACCUCUCCAGCCACCUGCUCUCCGGCUCCAUGAUUUUCUAGUGACACUGAGAGGCAGCCCGGACUGGGAGCCAAUGCUAGGGCUGCUGGGGGAUCUGCUGGCACUGCUGGGACAGGAGCAGACUCCCCGAGAUUUCCUGGUGCACCAGGCAGGGGUGCUGGGUGGACUUGUGGAGGUGUUGCUGGGAGCCUUAGUUCCUGGGGGCCCCCCUACCCCAACUCGGCCCCCAUGCACCCGUAAUGGGCCCUCUGACUGUGUCCUGGCUGCUGACUGGUUGCCUUCUCUGCUGCUGUUGUUAGAGGGCACACGUUGGCAAGCUCUGGUGCAGGUGCAGCCCAGUGUGGAUCCCACCAAUGCCACAGGCCUCGAUGGGAGGGAGGCAGCUCCUCACUUUUUGCAGGGUCUGUUGGGUUUGCUUACCCCAACAGGGGAGCUAGGGUCCGAGGAGGCACUUUGGGGCGGUCUGCUACGCACAGUGGGGGUCCCCCUCUAUGCUGCCUUUCAGGAGGGGCUGCUCCGUGUCACUCACUCCCUGCAGGAUGAGGUCUUUUCCAUUCUGGGGCAGCCAGAGCCUGAUGCCAAUGGGCAGUGCCAGGGAGUUCUCUUCCUUACUCUUUCCGUCCUAGGUAACCUUCAACAGCUGCUCUUAUGGGGCGUCCGGCACAACCUUUCCUGGGAUGUCCAGGCGCUGGGCUUUCUGUCUGGAUCACCACCCCCACCCCCUGCCCUCCUUCACUGCCUGAGCGCAGGUGUGCCUCUGCCCAGAGCUCCUCAGCCCUCAGCCCACAUCAGCCCACGCCAACGGCGAGCCAUCACUGUGGAGGCCCUCUGUGAGAACCACUCAGGCCCAGCACCACCCUACAGCAUUUCCAACUUCUCCAUCCACUUGCUCUGCCAACACACCAAGCCUGUCACUCCACAGCCCCCUCCCAGCACCACUGCCAUCUGCCAGACCGCUGUGUGGUAUGCAGUCUCAUGGGCACCAGGUGCCCAAGGCUGGCUACAGGCCUGUCAUGACCAGUUUCCUGAUGAGUUUUUGAAUGCGAUCUGUAGUAACCUCUCCUUUUCAGCCCUGUCUGGCUCCAACCGCCGCCUGGUGAAGCGGCUCUGUGCUGGCCUGCUCCCACCCCCUACCAGCUGCCCUGAAGGCCUGCCCCCUGUUCCCCUCACCCCAGACAUCUUUUGGGGCUGCUUCUUGGAGAACGAGACUCUGUGGGCUGAGCGACUGUGUGGGGAGGCAAGUCUACAGGCUGUGCCCCCCAGCAACCAGGCUUGGGUCCAGCAUGUGUGCCAGGGCCCUACCCCAGAUGUCACUGCUUUCCCACCCUGCCACAUUGGACCCUGUGGGGAACGCUGCCCAGAUGGGGGCAGCUUCCUGGUGAUGGUCUGUGCCAAUGACACCAUGUAUGAGGCCCUGGUGCCCUUCUGGCCUUGGCUAGCAGGCCAGUGCCGGAUAAGUCGUGGGGGCAAUGACACUUGCUUCCUAGAAGGGCUGCUGGGCCCCCUUCUGCCCUCUCUGCCACCACUGGGACCAUCCCCACUCUGUCUGACCCCUGGCCCCUUCCUCCUUGGCAUGCUAUCCCAGUUGCCACGCUGUCAGUCCUCUGUGCCAGCCAUUGCUCACCCCACACGCCUACACUAUCUCCUCCGCCUGCUGACCUUCCUCUUGGGUCCAGGGGCUGGGGGCGCUGAGGCCCAGGGGAUGCUGGGUCGGGCCCUACUGCUCUCCAGUCUCCCGGACAACUGCUCCUUCUGGGAUGCCUUUCGCCCAGAGGGCCGGCGCAGUGUGCUACGGACAAUUGGGGAAUACCUGGAACAAGAGGAGGAGCAGCCAACCCCACCAGGCUUGGAACCCACUGUCAACCCCAGCUCUGGUAUAAGCAAGAUGGAGCUGCUGGCCUGCUUUAGUCCCUUGCUGUGGGAUCUGCUCCAGAGGGAAAAGAGUGUUUGGGCCCUGCAGAUUCUAGUGCAGGCAUACCUGCAUAUGCCCCCAGAAAACCUCCAGCAGCUGGUGCUUUCAGCAGAGAGGGAGGCUGCACAGGGCUUCCUGACACUCAUGCUGCAGGGGAAGCUGCAGGUACCACCAUCCGAGGAGCAGGCCCUGGGUCGCCUUACAGCCCUGCUGCUCCAGCGGUACCCGCGCCUCACCUCCCAGCUCUUCAUUGACCUGUCACCACUCAUCCCUUUCUUGGCUGUCUCUGACCUGAUGCGCUUCCCACCAUCCCUGUUAGUCAACGACAGUGUCCUGGCUGCCAUCCGGGAUUACAGCCCAGGAAUGAGGCCUGAACAGAAGGAGGCUCUGGCAAAGCGUCUGCUAGCCCCUGAACUGUUUGGGGAAGUGCCUGCCUGGCCCCAGGAGCUGCUGUGGGCAGUGCUGCCCCUCCUCCCUCACCUCCCUCUGGAGAGCUUUCUGCAGCUCAGCCCUCACCAGAUCCAGGCCCUGGAGGAUAGCUGGCCAGCAGCAGGUCUGGGGCCCGGGCAUGCCCGCCAUGUGCUGCGCAGCCUGGUAAACCAGAGUGUCCAGGAUGGUGAGGAGCAGGUACGCAGGCUUGGGCCCCUCGCCUGUUUCCUGAGCCCUGAGGAGCUGCAGAGCCUAGUGCCCCUGAGUGAUCCGAUGGGGCCGGUAGAACGGGGGCUGCUGGAAUGUGCAGCCAACGGGACCCUCAGCCCAGAAGGACGGGUGGCAUAUGAACUUCUGGGGGUGUUGCGCUCAUCUGGAGGUGCGGUGCUGAGCCCCCAGGAGCUGCAGGUCUGGGCCCCGCUCUUCCCUCAGCUGGGCCUCCGCUUCCUGCAGGAGCUGUCAGAGCCCCAGCUUAGAGCCAUGCUUCCUGUCCUGCAGGGAGCUAGUGUUACACCUGCUCAGGCUGUCCUGCUGCUUGGACGGCUCCUUCCUAGGCACGAUCUAUCCCUGGAGGAACUCUGCUCCUUGCAUCUUCUGCUGCCUGGCCUCAGCCCCCAGACACUCCAGGCCAUCCCUAGGCGAGUCCUGGUUGGGGCUUGUUCCUGCCUGGCCCCUGAACUGUCACGCCUCUCAGCCUGCCAGACCGCAGCACUGCUGCAGACCUUUCGGGUUAAAGAUGGCGUGAAAAAUAUGGGUACAACAGGUGCUGGUCCAGCUGUGUGUGUCCCUGGUCAGCAGCCUGUUCCCACCACCUGGCCAGACUGCCUGCUUCCCCUGCUCCCAUUAAAGCUGCUACAACUGGAUUCCUUGGCUCUUCUGGCAAACCGAAGACACUACCGGGAGCUGCCCUGGUCUGAGCAGCAGGCACAGUUUCUCUGGAAGAAGAUGCAAGUACCCACCAACCUGACCCUCAGGAAUCUACAAGCUCUGGGCACCCUGGCAGGGGGCAUGUCCUGUGAGUUUCUGCAGCAGAUCAACUCCAUGGUAGACUUCCUUGAAGUGGUGCACAUGAUCUAUCAGCUGCCCACUAGAGUUCGAGGGAGCCUGAGGGCCUGUAUCUGGGCAGAGCUACAGCGGAGGAUGGCAAUGCCAGAACCAGAAUGGACAACUCUAGGGCCAGAACUGAAUGGGCUGGAUAGCAAGCUACUCCUGGACUUACCAAUCCAGUUGAUGGACAGACUAUCCAAUGAAUCCAUUAUGUUGGUGGUGGAGCUGGUGCAAAGAGCUCCAGAGCAGCUGCUGGCACUGACCCCCCUCCACCAGGCAGCCCUGGCAGAGAGGGCACUACAAAACCUGGCUCCAAAGGAGACUCCACUCUCAGGGGAAGUGCUGGAGACUUUAGGCCCUUUGGUUGGAUUCCUGGGGAUAGAGAGCACACGACAGAUCCCCCUACAGAUCCUGCUGUCCCAUCUCAGUCAGCUGCAAGGUUUCUGCCUAGGAGAGACAUUUGCCACAGAGCUGGGAUGGCUGCUAUUGCAGGAGUCUGUUCUUGGGAAACCAGAGUUGUGGAGCCAGGAUGAAGUAGAGCAAGCUGGACGCCUAGUGUUCACUCUGUCUACUGAGGCAAUUUCCUUGAUCCCCAGGGAGGCCUUGGGUCCAGAGACCCUGGAGCGGCUUCUAGAAAAGCAGCAGAGCUGGGAGCAGAGCAGAGUUGGACAGCUGUGUAGGGGGCCACAGCUGGCUGCCAAGAAAGCAGCCCUGGUAGCAGGGGUUGUGCGACCAGCUGCUGAGGAUCUUCCAGAACCUGUGCCAAAUUGUGCAGAUGUACGAGGGACAUUCCCAGCGGCCUGGUCUGCAACCCAGAUUGCAGAGAUGGAGCUCUCAGACUUUGAGGACUGCCUGACACUAUUUGCAGGGGACCCAGGACUUGGGCCUGAGGAACUGCGAGCAGCCAUGGGCAAAGCAAAACAGUUGUGGGGUCCCCCCCGGAGAUUUCGUCCUGAGCAGAUCCUGCAGCUUGGUCGGCUCUUAAUAGGUCUAGGAGAUCGGGAACUACAGGAGCUGAUCCUAGUGGACUGGGGAGUGCUGAGCACCCUGGGGCAGAUAGAUGGCUGGAGCUCCACUCAGCUCCGCGUUGUGGUCUCCAGUUUCCUACGGCAGAGUGGUCGGCAUGUGAGCCACCUGGACUUCAUUCAUCUGACAGCGCUGGGUUAUACGCUCUGUGGACUGCGGCCAGAGGAGCUCCAGCACAUCAGCAGUUGGGAGUUUAGCCAAGCAGCUCUCUUCCUGGGCACCCUGCAUCUCCAGUGCUCUGAAGAACAACUGGAGGUUCUGGCCCACCUCCUUGUACUGCCUGGUGGCUUUGGCCCAGUCAGUAACUGGGGGCCUGAGAUCUUCACUGAAAUUGGCACCAUAGCAGCUGGGAUCCCAGACCUGGCUCUUUCAGCACUGCUGCAGGGACAGAUCCAGGGCCUUACUCCUCUUGCCAUUUCUGUCAUCCCUCCUCCUAAAUUUGCUGUGGUGUUUAGUCCCACCCAACUAUCUAGUCUCACCAGUGCCCAGGCUGUGGCUGUCACUCCUGAGCAAAUGGCCUUUCUGAGUCCUGAGCAGCGACGAGCAGUUGCAUGGGCCCAGCAUGAGGGCAAGGAGAGCCCGGAACAGCAAGGUCGAAGUACAGCCUGGGGCCUCCAGGACUGGUCACGACCUUCCUGGUCCCUGGUAUUGACUAUCAGCUUCCUUGGCCACCUGCUCUGAGCCUGUCUCUACAGUAGAAGGAGAUUGUGGGGAGAGAAAUCUUAAGUCAUAAUGAAUAAAGUGCAAACAGAAGUGCA